AUGUCUAUCACGUUAUUCUGUCUUGUCAAAGGAAAUACGACCGCGAACGCUUUCUCCAUUAGAAUAAGUAGGGACGAGCCUGUUAGUGAACUCAAAAAAGCUGUAAAGGCGGAGAAAGCACCAGAGUUCGACCUUUUUUCCUGCGGACAGGCUGCUAUGGAAGCCGAAGAAUGUAUUCAUGUAAUAGUUGAACCACCCGCGUCGACCGCCACUUCGAAUCGCGAACAGGAGUUACUUGACGUUGCAGGCAUUACUCAACAAGUCUGUCCAUGCCUCAAAGAUUUUAUACGUGAAUUGUACAAACCACCAGCGCUUGAAAAUGAUGGGGCAGUACUAAACUUUAUGUGUGAUGGAUAUAGAUACUUACCUAGGAUCGAUGUCUCAUUCCGAGAGAUGUUGCAGUCGCUAGUGUCAAAAAAUAAUCUUAAGUUUACUGUGUUUAUUGAGACGCCAUCGAAACCCUUUUCAGAUUGGUCAGUCCCGAAAGUUUGUGAACUCUACGGUCUUAGCGAUGACCCGAAUCCUAGCAACGAAAUCAAAAUCAUACCGGAAAAACUCAUCGCAGGACAUAACGGGCAAGGAAAUCUCGAUUAUGCACGUUCGACUAAUAGGAUCGUUGGUUUAGUCGAAGUUAAAAAAGAUGACUUUAAGCAGGGAUUCACACAGACCACCGUGCAGAUGGAAUCAUCAUUGACGUGUCAUAUACGCAAAGUGGACGAAAUAGAAGAUUCUUACGGUUUGGACAAAGUAUGGGGGAUUGUGACGGAUGCGGAAAAAUAG